AUGGAUGAAGAAAGAACAUCCUCUAUCAUCUUUCUCGUAUUCUUCCUCCUCCUCCUACCCAUCCCUAUCUGUUCCCUCCAUGGCAAUGACAGCUCUGCUUUGAUCUGCAAUCUGAGCCUUCACAUCUCCGCAUUCUGUGUGGAGAAUGUCACUCUCCUCAGUGACCCCUCCUUCACGAACAAAUCCUUUACCCUUCUUGUUCCUUUUCAAGAGAUGAUAAUAAAGUCAUCUGUUUCCUUCAGUAAAGAACUCUUCUUCUCAGUUCAAGGAAGCAACGGUCCUGCGCUCUUCUUGUCCUCACAAGAGCUACUUCUUGAUGAAAAUGUUCUUCCAUUGGGGCUAAAAAUGUUCAAGAAUGGAAGCAACAGAUGCCUGACUGUCUGGCUUAUUCUACCAAGAAACUGGAUCAAGAAGGUGGGAAACCAAUUUCCACCAUUCCUCUGCUUAAAUUUCGCAACUUCCGAGGUGGGAAAUGCCACCAAUCCAGUAAUCAAAUGCAGAAGCCUCAAAACCUUCGGGUCUGAUACUUCUCAGCCUGAAAAGUACGAGAAGGAAGUCAUUGUUCUUGCGGUCUACACACCCGUACUUGCUCUUAUAUCAAUAAUUUCAGCUGUCUUUUCUUAUUUAAAAAAAUUGUUCCAGAAAUGGAAAGAAAACCACCCUGAAAUCCCAUUAUCGGACACUACUGGUUGGACUCGGCAUUCUUUCUACUCAUUUUUGUUAGAUGGAUUUCAUAAGUUCACAUACCGUGAACUUAGUCUUGCAACCAAAGAUUUCCACUAUUCAGAGACUCUUGGAACAGGACGAUAUGCUUCAGUGUACAGAGCAAUCUUUCCUGGAUCAAACGCUACGUAUGCAGUGAAGAGAUUUGAUCAGAGCCCUACAAGUAAGUUCAGUUUUGAAAUAGAGGUAACGGCUAUCCACCGCCUUCAACAUGAUAAGAUACUUGAAUUAAGAGGAUGGUGUGAUGAGAACCUUAAUGAGCCCAUUCUUGUAUAUGACUAUAUGCCCAAUAAAAGCCUCGCGGACGCCCUUUGGAAUCGUGAACAACUACUCUGGUCUCACAGAUACAAAAUAGCCGUUGGAGUUGCAGAGGCUCUUGUCUACAUUCAUGAAGAGUGCUCGCCCAAGGUGAUUCAUGGAGAUGUCAGAGAUGGAAAUGUGAUGCUGGAUGCUGAUUUCAAUCCAAAAUUGGGGGAUUUUGGACUUGCUAUUAGUGGGCCGCCAUAUAUACUGUGGAGGGAGAUAACGGAGCUGGAUCCUCCAGAGUGUCAAUUGAAUGCUUUUGUGACAGAGAAGCUUGAUGUUUAUUUGUAUGGAUCCAUGGUGCUUCGGCUUUGCUGUGAGAGGACGCAGCGGUUGACCAUAUUUAUUUUGUUCCUUCGGAAUCUGAAACUAGAGGGUGAGCUUCUCCGGGUAGUAGAUAGAAGAUUAGGUGGAAACUACAAUGAACAAGAGAUGUUGAGGCUGCUAAAUGUGGGGCUACUGUGCUUGGAAGAAGACAUUCAGAAGAGACCUUCAAUGAAGCAGGUGCUUCAAAUACUGACAUCUGAGGGGGACACUGAAGAACUGGUCUUAUAA